CAUCUCACAUAAUUACAAUCUUAUGCAAGCUCUCCAAAGGACCGACUCAGAGACAAAAUGCGUAUGUAUGCACGGAACCCCGUCUCGGGGUGUAGGACCCAUAGACGCUGCUGCAGUCAUAUAAUGUAUGCUUCAGCCAGCGCAGACGUGACGGCCCGCUCCCGCGGCAACCGUCCUGAAGCAUCCGUCGACAUCUGCACGACCACUCAAAUGCUGACCAGCCAGGCCUUCACGCCCAGGAGAGCUGUGGGUCCCAUGCAACUUGACCUCAUUCCUGGCAAGGGCCUGGGUUGGCGCGCUUCGCGGGACGUACUGCCCGGCGAGCUGCUGCUCGCCUCACUGCCACUCGCAGUACUGUACGGCGCCCCUGGCGAGCCGCCGCCUAAUGAGGAGCUGGUGGCGGCGCUACGGCAGCGCUGGCCGCGUAUGACGCCGUACGAGCGGCGCUGGCUGCAGCUGCUAGCCGACUGCUGCGCCGCCUCCGCCGCCGCCUCCGCGGCGGCGGCGGCGGCUGCAGCUGCCGCGGUGAACCAGGCAGUGGGUGCGAGGGCGGGGCCGGUGCAGCAGACAGGGGCGGGGGCGGCGGCGGCAGUAGCACCGCUGUCGGUGCCGGUUGGGCCGGUGCCGAGCUCGAGGGAGCUGCUGGCACGGGCGAGGGAGCUGCUGCUGGCGGCAGCGGAGGAGCAGGAUGAGGAGGGUGGAGGGUCAGAGGCGCAAGGAAACGUUAGCGGGAGCGAUAUUCUGCCGCCGGCGCUGUUUGGCAGCGCCCCAGAGCCCAAGCGCACCUUCACCAGCCCGCUCCUGACCACGGCCGCUGGCGGCAGCAGUAGCAGCGGCAGUAGCAGCAGUAGCUCGGGCGGCCUGGUGGUCGACGUGGUGGCGCGCUACAGCUACUGCGAGGCACGCGAGGAUGCGGCUGUAGCAGAGCUGCUCGACGUUGACCUCGGCCUUGAGGACGGGCUUCCGAACAGCAGUAGCGGCGCCAACGGCAGCAGCAGGAAUGACGCCGACGACGGCAGUAGCACCAACGACGGCGGCGGCAGUAGCCGCGGCGGCGGCAGCGAGGGCGUGAGCGUGGCGGGGCUGUGGCCGGAGCUGGGGUUGUUGAAUCACAGCUGUGUGCCCAAUGCGGCGCUGCUGGUGGUUGGGGGCGCGCUGUAUGUGCGGGCGGGGCGGGUGGUGCUGGAGGGGGAGGAGGUCACCGUGUCAUACCUCAGCGCAGGCCUGUUCUCUGACGUUUCCGCCCGCCGCGCCGCCCUCCGCUCCAGCCACGGCUUCGUGUGCUGCUGCCCCCGCUGCCUCAUGGAGCAGGAGCACUUCCCCAGCCGCCGUCUGCCGGGGCUGGAGGCGGCGCGGGCGGCGGCACGGGCCGCUACGGCGGCGGCGGUCCGGGAGGCGAUAGCAGCGGCGACAGGCGCACGAGCAGCGGCAGGAGCAGGGGAAUCGGCAGGAGCGGCAGGGGAAGGGGCAGCAGGGGAAGGGAAAUCAACAGGGGUGGCUUUGGCUGCUUCGGCGGCGGCGGUGUCCGAGGCGGAGUUGUCGGAGUGUGCGCUGGCUGACGUGGCGAAGGCGGAGGCGCUCAUGGGGCACCGCAACCCCGGGCUGCUGCAGGCGCUGCUGGACGCGGCGUUUGGCAGCGGCCGCUUCGCCGCCGCCGCCGCGCCCGACCACCUGCUGCUGCGCGACAGCUGCACAGCUGUGGCGGCGGAGCUGGAGGCGGGCGUGCAUGCGGUGCUGACGGCGGCGUCGCGGCCGGCGCAGCAGCAGGCGGAGCUGCUGGCGCGGCUGGAGGGCAUUCUGGCGCAGGUGGAGCGCAACUGCGCCCACCUGGAGCUGCCGCCGCGUGGGCGGCUGCUGGUGCUGGCCGCUGUGCUGGGCGUGCUGCGCCUCACGUGCGAGCUGGGGGAGCUCAGCACGCAGGCCACGCCUGAGCGGCGGCUGCAGCUGUUGGUGACCACGGCCGAGGUGGUGGAGGCGGUGGCGCCCGGCAGCGACGCACACGUCACAGCCGCAGUCAAGGCGGCGAGCAUGGCGCGGCGAGUGCACGGGGCUGAGGGCGCGGCGGCGCGGCGGGCGGAGCUGGCGGCGGCAGCGGCGCACAUUGCUCGCUACGGCCGCGGGCUGUUGACGGAGCCGGGGCUGCUGCGGCGGAUGUCGGGGACGCGGCGGCGGCUGGCCACGGGUUCGGGUCUGGCGGCCAGGACGGGUGUGCUGGCGUGGGUACUGCAAGUCGGCGGCGGGACGGAGUGAUGAGGCGUCGAGGACAUUUGAGGAUCGCGCGAGUGGGGGUUGCCGUUGCCGGUGCAGCAUGCGCGCCAUUGAUGCCAUUGCUGUUACAGAUGAAAGUUUGUUAUGAAGGUCGAAGUGUGGGAAACGCCAGGGGGGGGGUAGGAACAAACUUUUUUGACCCCAUGCCAGGACCCCCCGACCCCCCGACCGACCGACCGACCGACCCCCCCUGCCGUACGACCCCCCAAAACCCCCUCAGAACCCCUUAGUUUUUUGUCAGGUUGGUGCCAAUUGACUGCUCUCGGUGAGCUCCAUCGCUAUGUUUGAUGAUCCGCCUUGGGAACACACUUUGGCCGACCGACAUGUGGACAUGUGGCCCGGCUGCCGACAAGUAUCCUGAUAGACUGGCCUGCUAUGCAACGGCUUACUUCAAUGUUAUUUGAUGAUACGAAAUGUGCUGACACGUUCAUCCAUGCAAAACCCGGCCGGCACCGGCCUGUCCCUGACCAGUUCCCCAGGCAUCUCCCGAAAUGCCGACAUGCCCCUCCCCAAACUGCCCCAAACUAUGCACGUGUGCUGAGUCUGGGGUAUACCUACGCACGCAUCGUUGAGCUGCACCCAUUGCGCCGCGUGCUGCAGGACAGAAGCGCUAGGAACAAAACUUGGCACGAACCUGACGAACCUGUGCAAAACCUCUUGGGACCCCCGACCGACCGACCGACCGGCCACUUUGAGGGGUCAUAACUUUGGUGUGUCUCGCUGCUAUGUCUGCCCUGGACUUUGGUCGGCAGCGUGUGGUUAUGGCCGGGUUGGCGGCGCGAGCGAAGCUGCCGUCGGCCCGGGUGCUGAGCAUUGGACUUGCCGUCGUAGCUGACUUCUGGGGUCGUCUCCAGACGUUUGUGACUUUGGGUAUCAGGCCAAAGGGUUGGGACGCUGUGCCGUUUGCGCAUCCCUUCAUAUCUCGGGCUGUUGGUGACGGCAUGGUUUUGCGCUUGCCGUAUGACGCUGAUUCCCCGCCCCCCUCGCCGUGAGAGGUUGUGCGUGGUUGGUGGCUAUGUGUGUGGGCAGGAUGCACGUGUGGGCGACCGUUCUAGUACCUGGACGCUUGCGCCCUGGUUAGUGCGUGCGCUGUGCGUGUGUCCUGCGGCCUAGACGUUUCCCGGCACUCCUGUGCCUAGGCUUGUGGCGUUGAGGCACAGCGGUGGGGCUCUGGCGGGUUGAGGCUUGGCUAGGACUCACUGUGCGCGGAGUCACACGGACUUUGCCCGCGGGAGGGUUUGCAGCAAAGUCGGGGUUGGGCCACGCGGGUACCACUCCGGCAAGUCCCUAGGGACUGCGUGUGUCCAAUGCCCUAGACUGCCGAAAUGUUAUCAUGUGACAUAUAAUAAGGUCCCUGAAUGAUUUCCGGGCAUAAACUCGAGCGGGAGCCGAAGUCGAAAUGCUAAAUGUCGCGCUCGCCAGGACUUACUGGAAUUCGCCCUACGCUGUCCGGAUGACAUAUAUAGGUGAACCUUAGUAGACGGCACUAGAUACAGGCCCAAAAUACCGCCUAUGCGAGAUAUGGGCUCUGGUCAAUUUCGCGACUUGAGCCCUGACCAACAUCUUUUGUCCUCUGCCGAGCGCUAAUGUCCACUAAUGAUGUAAGUUAUGUACCUA